GCGCGCGCAGAGGCGGUCCGGCUGCUUCAGUUUGUGUAAUCGCUUUUUUGCUGCUGCCUUCAGUUAAAUAUCGAGGAGACGAGAACGAGCGGACGGCCCGACUCUGGCUACAAAGUAUCAUCCAAGAAAAGCGUAUCGGGACUCUUCAUCGACGGCCGCUCGGCAGGGCCAAGAUGUCCAGUGAGGUGCAGAGACCAGACGAUAGCCCCAGCACAAGUGGAGGGAGUUCUGAUAUAGAGCAGCGGGAGACGGCACCUCCUCAGCAGGAGCGCGAUCUGGUUGCGCCCAAGAAGAAGGAGACCAAGAUCUCCAGUAAAACCGCCGCCAAACUCUCCACCAGUGCCAAGAGGAUUCAAAAGGAACUUGCAGAAAUCACACUUGACCCUCCACCAAACUGCAGUGCUGGUCCCAAAGGAGAUAACAUCUAUGAAUGGAGGUCGACUAUUUUAGGACCGCCAGGUUCUGUGUAUGAAGGAGGGGUCUUUUUCCUCGACAUCGCCUUUACACCUGACUACCCUUUUAAACCCCCCAAGGUAACUUUUCGAACGAGGAUCUACCACUGUAACAUCAACAGUCAGGGUGUGAUCUGUCUGGACAUUCUGAAGGACAACUGGAGUCCAGCUCUCACCAUCUCAAAGGUGCUGCUGUCCAUCUGCUCUCUACUCACAGACUGUAACCCAGCUGAUCCUCUGGUUGGGAGCAUCGCCACACAGUACUUGACCAACAGAACGGAACAUGACAGAAUAGCCAAACAGUGGACGAAGAGAUAUGCCACAUAAAUCACCCUUACAGUAUUACCACAUUAUACACACACUAUAUCCCCUCCGUUCUGCCCCUUCCGUGCCUCUCUACCUCUCCCCAUUUGCUCAAAGCACACUCACCAAGUGCAACAAUACAUCUGGCCCUUCUUCCUUCAACUUUCUGUAGCCCUUUCUGUGAAGACAACUGUCCUUUAGUUCCUUGUUGACUUGAAAGCUUCUUUUUAUACAAAGAAUAGAUUGGGACUUUAUUUUUCAAUUAUCUGAAUGUUUGAAUUACCUUAGGAGAAAAGGAAUACUAUUGUUGUUGUUAUUAUUAUUAUUAUUAUUAUUAUUAUUAUUGUCCUUCAACUUAAUGUAUGUAUAUCCUUUCUUUUUAAGUGGCAUCAGGAACAGUAUACAGUAUUUAUAAGUACAACUUAUAAAUUACUUUUUUCAUCACCAUAUACCAGUAGCGUAUUUCUUUUCAUUUUCACUCCUUUUGUUAGAAGUCAGUAAAGCAAUGUGCAUGUAUCAGGAUGACAAAUUGCAUCCAUCAAACUCUAAACUCGGCUCACCUUGAUUUGUUUGUAUUUUUUUUAAACUCAAACGUCUUGGCAGCCACUUGAAAAUAGACUUGCUUGUGAAUUAAAAAUAAAAAAUAAAAAAAUAUAUAUAUAUAAUGUGUACAUAUUGAUACAUGCCACCUCUGGCCAGAAUGGACUGUUGUGCACUUGCUUCAUGGAAAAACACCAUAAAUAAACACUGUGGCUGAAUUGUCAUUUACUGUAUAAA